CAGCAGACUAAUAAUUCUGAUAAUAAUACGAUUGAAUACUUGCCUGCUAUUGAUCCUAAUAGUUUAAUACUAAAAAUUUGUACUACUAUUUUUUUAUCUUUGGAUGAGCUUUGGACUAUAUCUUCGGAUUUGGCUUUAACUGCAUCUAUUCUUGAUUCACGGUUCAAAACCUUCCAAUGGGCACCUGAACAAUUAAGAUAUACGAAGAAAUUACUUGAAAAAUCUUAUAUUGAGUUGAAAACAGCUAUUAACUUAUUAAAUUUAAAUAAUUUUUCAAAUGAAAAAUCAAUUAAAACAAUACCUCAACAAGCAUUAGAUCUAAUUGAAUUAGAUAAAGUAAUGUGUUACUUAACUUUGGAUAGUAUUGGGCUCAAUGAAGACCCAGUAAAAUGGUAG